AUGGCAAUCUCUAUGUCCAAAAAGAAGUCCAAAGCAUCAAAAAAAGUAGAACAAAAGCAAUAUGAUUUUGCUGAUACAAUUUUGUUUAAAAUUCUCUACCGUAUCCCUGCUGCAAUCCUCCUGUUAAUUCUCAUCUUCCUUUGGUCUUCUUCCACAACUAUCAUCUCUGGGAAAUUUGUUCGUGUAUGCAUUUCGUCGCGGAAGCUCAAUAAUCUGUACUGUCUCUCUGCAGGUGCCCAACCGAACUUUGAAAUCCCAAUUUCAGCUCAUAACAAUAGUUUAAUUAGUCCAAACAUAAGUGCCAGUAUCAGAGACGUGGUCAACAUCGUCCGGGAUGACCCAGAUUCAAUCGUCAGCAACAGGGUUCACAAUAAUGACAGUGGUGGAGAAGUUGCGAUUGCUGUGAAGGCUGUUGAAGCGCAGCUACAAGUUCAAAGAUCAUGGAUAUCGAAUAAGAAUCAUGCGGAAUCAUGUGAUGGAAGGGGGAUUUAUGUGUAUGAUCUGCCAUCAAAGUUCAAUAAGGACUUGGUAGGUCAAUGUGGAGAUAUGAUUCCAUGGACAAAUUUUUGUAAGUAUUUCAAUAACGAGGCAAUGGGGGAGCCUAUUACAAAGCUUGGAAAAGGAUGGUAUCACACUCAUCAGUACGCCCUGGAGCUGAUAUUUCACACAAGGGUUUUGAAGCAUCCUUGCAGGGUUUAUAAUGAAAACGAGGCAAAGCUGUUCUAUGUCCCAUUUUAUGGUGGCUUAGAUAUCCUGAGGUGGCAUUUCAAAAAUGUCUCAAAUGAUGUUAAAGAUACCUUGGCGCUGGAACUUGUGAAGUGGCUCGAGAACAAAAAGUCAUGGCUUCAACACUCUGGUAAGGAUCAUGUAUUUGUGUUGGGAAAGAUUUCUUGGGAUUUCAGGAGAAAAAGUGAUGCUUCAUGGGGGACUAGAUUGCUAGAGCUUGAUCAAAUGCAGAACUCUGUGAAGCUGUUGAUCGAACGCCAACCCUGGCACAUCAAUGACAUUGGAAUUCCUCAUCCUACCUAUUUUCAUCCCCAUUCGGAUGAUGAUAUCAUCACUUGGCAGCUGAAGAUUAUCCGAACAAAUCGCAAGAGCCUAGUCAGUUUCGCUGGGGCGGCAAGGCCAGAUGCACCGGAAAACAUAAGGUCAAUACUGAUCAAUCAGUGCAACUCAGAUGAAAGGAAAUGCAGGUUUCUGACUUGUAGUUCAGGAGGAUGUGAUCAGCCUGAAUCUGUUAUUGAGCACUUUAUGGAGUCUGAAUUUUGCUUACAACCCCCUGGAGAUAGCCCAACAAGAAAAUCCUUAUUUGAUUCGCUUGUCUCAGGUUGCAUUCCGGUACUCUUUGAUCCAUUCACAGCUUACUACCAAUAUCCAUGGCAUUUACCAGAGGAUCAUAGCAGAUAUUCAGUGUUCAUAGACCAAGAAGAGGUGAGACAGAUGAAGGUAAAUGUGGUAGAAAGGCUCACGAAGGUUCCCGCAAGGGAAAGAGACGAUAUGAGGAGGUACAUUGUUUAUGAACUAUUGCCUGGUUUGGUAUACGGAGACUCAAAUUCUCAGCUUGAGAAGUUUCAAGACGCAUUUUCCAUGACAAUGAAAAACUUGCUUGAGCGGGUGAAUAGAAUAGAAUGA